GAGGGGCCGGUCCUGGGACAAGCGGAGGAUGCGGGGAGCUCUGGACUUUGAGGAGACGAGGAGGGCGAGGGGACGGAGAGGUGGGGGAAGGAGCGCUGGGUUGCAGGAACCUUCCCUCUACACCAUCAAGGCUGUCUUCAUCCUAGAUAAUGACGGACACCGCCUGCUGGCCAAGUAUUACGAUGACACAUUCCCCUCCAUGAAGGAGCAGAUGGCCUUCGAGAAAAAUGUCUUCAACAAGACCAGCCGGACUGAUAGUGAGAUUGCAUUUUUCGGCGGCAUGACCAUCGUCUACAAGAGCAGCAUUGACCUCUUCCUGUAUGUGGUGGGCUCAUCCUACGAGAACGAGCUGAUGCUCAUGUCUGUUCUUACCUGCCUGUUUGAGUCCCUGAACCAUGUGUUAAGGAAGAACGUGGAGAAGCGCUGGUUGCUGGAGAACAUGGACGGAGCCUUUCUGGUGCUGGACGAGAUUGUGGAUGGCGGUGUGAUUCUGGAGAGUGACCCCCAGCAAGUGAUCCAGAAAGUGAAUUUUAGGGCGGAUGACAGCGGCUUAACUGAGCACAGUGUGGCCCAGGUUCUUCAGUCUGCCAAGGAACAAAUUAAAUGGUCGUUACUGAAAUGAAGGCUGUGCAUUCAAGGCUCCCUGCCCCCAGACCAUUCUCCCAAUCCUGGCAAAAGCACAAAGACCCCAGGGGACACCGGAGACCCCUCUAUAUCCCCAGACCUUCCCAGAACUGACUCCCAAGGUCUCCGGCCAGGGACUCUGAGAUGCAGAGGUUUGGCUUCAACACUGAGUCACCACUGUCCUGGCCUGCUCUUUGGGCCUUCAGAACCAGCUGAGCUGCCUUAACUCAGACCUUAGGCAUCCCUGGCCCCAGAGCCCAAAUAAACCUGCUUUUGUCUCCUGCCAA